AAAAGAAAAGUUUGCUCAACUCUGAAUUCAGAUUUUUGUCAACUCAACUAAUGAAUGGCACAGAUGUUGUUGGACAAGACAGUACCCCUCGGUCCCCUUUUCCCCUCACUCCUCGCUCAGCAUGAGGUCUGAAACUUGUUUUUUGAUCAUUGUUUCCCCCCCAACUUCUCCCUCUGCGGGAGAAAAAAAGAACCCAGAGAGGAGGGAGAUGGGGAGACCCAGAGCAGCCAAAGCGAAGAAGAGGGAGGGAAGAGGAGCACACUAACAGCCAUGUUUCAGGAAUAUGAGGAAAACAUACUGUGGUAUAACUAUCUGCAGAUAACAAGCGCUGCGUAAGGAAAAAGGUCCCAUGUUGAGUGUUUGUAUGGAGGGUCGGGUGGAGCUGCUGUAGGGGUUCAGGUCUCACAUCCAGGAAGUGCUGACAGAAGAUGAGGGUGGGUGCGUGGCUGCUCUGGGGGUCCUGGUGCUUCUUCACCUGGGCAGAGUCCUCGCUGAGGUGCGAGGGCCAUGAUAUCUGUCCCACAGAGUCCGGCUCUGACAGGAGGUCAAGGAUCCGGGUCAGGGAGCACGUUGGUCACAGUGUGGGACGCCAGCAGCAUCACACGGCCCACAGGAGCAGGCCGCACCGCAGGAAAGGCUCCAGGGUUCAUGCUCAGGAGACGGCGCCCCGCAUCGUCCACCACCCUGCUGACGUGGUGGUGAAGGCUGGGAACCCCGCCACGCUGUCCUGCCGGGCGGACGGCAGCCCCAAGCCGUCCAUCGAGUGGCUGAGGAACGGCCAGCCUCUGGACGCCACGCUGGGAGGAGGAGAGCUGCAGCCCCUGCUGCUGCCGGAGGGGAGUCUGUUCUUCCUGCAUGUGGGCAGCAGGCGAGGUCAGUCCCAUGAAGGCACCUACACCUGCGUAGCCAGGAGCAGCGCAGGCAGGGCCACCAGCCGCAACGCAUCGCUCUACAUAGCAGUGUUGCAGGAGGAGUUCAGUGUGCAGCCCAGUGACGUGGAGGUGGCUGAGGGGGAGGUGGCCGUGCUGAGCUGUGGCCCCCCGGUGGGACACCCUGAACCCAACGUGGUCUGGAAGAGGAACGGUCUGCCCAUCACCAACACGGACCACGACUACACCGACCUGAGUGGGAAACUCAUCAUCGCUCCUGCACAGAAGUAUCACUCUGGAGCUUAUGUGUGUGUGGCCAGCAACAUCGCAGGAAAAAGAGAGAGCAGGGCGGCUCGUCUCUCUGUGCUGGCCAAGCCUGUGUUGGUGCUGAAGCCAGGAAACGUGUCUGUUAGAGUGGGGGAGUCGGCCCAGUUCUACUGCCAGGCUAAAGGAGACCCCCCACUGUCUGUGGUGUGGAGCAGAGAGCAGGGCCCACUGCCCAACGGCAGGUAUCUUGUAAACCCGGACCAGACUCUCCAGAUCCACUAUGUGACAGACCAGGAUGCUGGCAGGUACACCUGCACUGCUAGUAAUGAUGCAGGUGUGGUCACUGCCAGCGCACAGCUGCUCGUUGAUGAGGCGACCAGCGCCACACAGAGAGACCUCCAUAAAGAACUGUCAGCCCUGAGAGUCGCUCUGGAAAACGUCACCAUCACGGCUCCUGGUUCUGACAUAUCACAAGUACAAUGGACGCUCCAGUCCCUCCCAGCACAGCCUCACUACCUCGACGGCUUCGAGGUUCUCUACCGCUCUCUGCUGCCUGCCAGCUCCGACUGGGCCGCAAAGAAGGUGACUCUGCCCAGCUUCCAAGCUCAGGUGGGGCCCUUGAAGAGAGGCUACAAGUAUGAGUUUAAAGUCCGCCCCUACGGCAGCAACUUGUACGGGAGGGAGAGCAACACCCGGCACUUCAGAGUCCCUGAGACAGUUCCCAGUGCUUCUCCGCUGGCUGUGUCCAUCACAGUGAACCAGGAGCUGAAUAACACCAUCCACCUGAGCUGGGAGCCUCCUCCUCAUGAAACACACAACGGCAUCAUACAAGGUUACCAGGUGUGGUGUGUGGAGUCUGAGGAGCAGCAGUACCAGAACUGGACGGUGGACAGCGGCCACCACAACCUGGAGAUCUCUGCUCUGAGACCAGGGAGACGAUACUGGAUCACCGUAGCAGCUGUCAACGGGGCCGGAGUAGGGACGCUGAGCGACCCUCAUGGAUUUGUCAUCAACCCACAAUUAGGUGUUCCCCCUAAACCAGACAGUGAGAACCAGGAUGCGUCUCCGGUCCUGACUCUUCUCCAGAACCCCGUGUUGAUUGGAUGCGUUGGCGCCAUCCUGUGGUGCUUUCUGAUGGUUGCAGCUGUCUUCCUCUUCAGACGCCACAGCAAGACAGGACACCUGAUGUCAGGACAUGGGAGGACAAAAGGUUUGCACAGACUAGCCGGUGAAGAUCUCAUAAUCAAACACAGGAUGGCGACGUCAGGCUCCCCGUGGAUCUCUGGAGGAUGGAGACCUGCUCUCAGCCACAAGUACCAGGACUUAUGGGCCCAGGGUCAGAAACAUCCAGGGAUCAAAGGCUCCAGCCUCCCGAUCUCCUGGAAGGAGUCCAGCUGUGUGGACUCAGCGGUGCCCAUUGUGACGGACAGCUGUGGUGUUUACGGUACGUUCUACGUGGACCUGAUGGGAAGCGGACUCAAGACCUUCAACAGUCCCGGUCGCUGCCCCAAGAUGCCUCAUGGUCCGCCCCAUCAGCAAGGAGCGGAGACCAUCCAGAUCUUCCCCCAGUCGGUCGGGAAGAGCUCCCCCCUCAGCAGCCGCGAGGCGUUGCCAUGGAAACAGGCCAUACGGCCCCAGCCCAGGAUGGGAGUCCUGAGGGAGUCAUGGGAAAAAAACCACAGCAAGCAAGAGCUCCAUGCAGUGAACAGCGUCCCCAUAGUGCCGACUAGGAACCAGGCGUGUCCCUCCAGUGUCUACAAACAGAGACUCAGUCACGUCCCAUCAGGACGCCACGGUGGACAUCCAGAGUGUGAUAAAGUUAGCGUCUGUCCUCGGCUGCUGCAUUACUCCGCAUCGCUACACUUCUUGGACAUGCUGCCUCCACCACCACCAAGACCCUACGACCACACCAUGGACACACACAGCCUCAGCUCAGAGGAAGGCUCCAGUCGCUCCACAAAGCUGACGGGGGACCUGGGCUCCCUGCAGUCAGUGAGUGCUGCAUCAGGACUCUGUGGACCACGAGGACCCACCUCCACCACCAACAGCUUCCCUUCAUACAGCCACCAGUCCACCAAGUCAUACUCCAUGUCCAUGGAGGAAGAACAUGGAGGCACACUGACAGCAGAGGAAGCUACUCAGUACCUGGAGCUCAGCCCCAAACCUGAGAGAUGCAGCGUCCUGCCUCAGCAGCACCCCUCCAUGCCCCCCCACCCCUUCUCCCCCACCCUGGGCUUCCUGUGUGGGCCGGUCCGCUCCACCCAGCUGGAGGAGGACCCCGCCACCGACGAGUCCGAGGCCCCGCCCAUCGGCCUGAGACGCGCCCGCCUCCAGAGCACGCCGUCCUCCUGCUACAGCGAGUGGGACAGCUCUCUGUGGAACACGUGGAGCUCUGUGAUGGACAGCAACAUGGCCAGCGCCCGCACCAGUUUAAUCAGCUCCGUGGACAGCUGUUACACCACCGACAGCGCCAACUUCGCCCGAUUCCUGGCUGCAGCGGCGGAGACCAUGAGUGCAACCUCUGUGUCAGACUUCUCUCCGCCCGCCUCGCCGCUCAGCGCCUUGUACCCGCCGUUCCGUGCAGAAGGCGACUCGUUUGGCGAGCUGGAGCCGGUUCCUGCGUGGGACUGGAGCAUGGCCUGGGUGGAAGAGAUGGAGGCUCAGUACAGAGCUCAGUAUCCUGCCAGAAGCACCAAACCCUUUGACACUUGAGGGGGACUCUGCCAAGAGAGUUAAAGAUGCAACUGAAUAUGGAGAAAUCCAGCAACACCUCACAGCAACGCCAGAACUUUGUGACAGGACGAGUGACAGACUGAAACUGUCCCUUUUUAAAUAAUUCAGGGUUUGAUGUGUCGUGAUUUCCCAGUCAAAAAUAGAUAAAUAUGUGGAUUUGAAAUAUGAAUGAAUGAAUGAAUGAAUACUUUAUUUUUGGAUAGGGACAGUGCACAUUCAUUUUUUUGUUUUUUCCAUGUUGUAAGGCGACCUUGAGUGCCUUGAAAGGCACCCUAUUAAAUAAAAUGAAUUAUUAUCAUUAUUAUUAUUAUUAUUAAUGAACAUCUGUAGAACCUGAUAA